AGCCAGAGUCCACUCUCCGUGCGUCACCUGCGUCGCCCCACGAUAGUGUUACUGCCAUACUACUAACACUACCAUUACACUUACUACUAAUACUACGGCUACUAUUACUACUAUUACCACUACUGCCACUGAGGGGAAAGGACCACGAGCCGGUCUCUGUCGGUGGUCGCCCUGGGGCAGACUGUCAUAAAAUGGCCACAGCUGCUGCCCCCCCUACCCCAACCACACAGGCCACAGCAGAAGAAGAGCUGGGAGGACCAACAGAUGACAUGAAAGAUAAACCAACCAGAGCAGAAGGAGGAGCAGGAGAAGGAGCAGAAGGAGGAGCAGGAGAAGGAGCAGAAGGAGGAGCAGGAGAAGGAGCAGAAGGAGGAGAAGGAGAAGAAGGAGGAGCAGGAGAUGGAGCAUUGUCAGAGCGACCAGCCCCGCCCUCCUCACUGCAGCUGUCCAAUAAGGGCAAGAAGAAGGUCCUGAGCGCUCCGGCCCUUAGCCUCUCCCUCGGUGGAGGGUCUGUGGUCUCUGAUGACUUGUCCAAGGUUCUGUCUCCGUCGGUGGAUGAGGUGGAUGAGGUGGACUUGGACCUUGAGGCCUUAGAGACUCCCUCAGACUCUGAAUCUCUGGUGUUCCCCCACGACCUCGAUCUGGACCUGGACCUGGAGGAGGAUAUGCGGCGUCUGGGCGUGGCCUCAUCUCGUGGCCCCUCCUCCCUGCAUGACCCCUCCCUCCUGCAUGACCCCUCCCCCUCACGCCGCCGGUCUCUGGGGCUGGAGCCCGAGGACACUGUGGACAGUGUGGGCAGAAGGUGGCGCUCUUUCACCUCCAGCGGAUUCAAGACCCAAGUCAACAUGAGCCUGAUCCAGGACUAUGUCAGGGUCAUCUCCCACGGAGGUUACUAUGGUGACGAGGAGAAUGACAUCAUUGUCUUCUCUUCCUGUUUUUUACCUGAAAACUCUAUUGACUCUUAUGAGGAGGUCAUGUACCACCUCUUCAAAUACGUGAUGGGUACGUUGGAGCUCAUGGUGUCUCAGGACUAUGUGGUCGUGUAUCUUUGCGCUGGAGCUCAGAAGAACCAGGUCCCAGGAUUGGGCUGGCUCCGGGACUGUUACACCACCAUCGACCGAAGGCUGAGGAAGAACCUGAAGGGUUUCUACGUGGUUCACCCGACCUGGUUCAUCAAAGCUCUGAUCACCAUCGUCAAACCGUUUAUCAGUUCGAAGUUCAGUCGAAAGCUUCGCUUCGUCAACAGUCUGCAGGAACUGUCCGAGCUCGUGCCCACUGAGCAGGCCCAGAUCCCCGCCUGUGUCAAAGAGGAGCACAACUACUCUGCCACAGUAACACCGACAUGCACACUUCAGUCCUGGUUCAGUCCUGGUUCAGUCCUGGUUCAGUCCUGGUUCAGUCCUGGUUCAGUCCUGGUUCAGUCCUGGUUCAGUCCUGGUUCAGUCCUGCAUACUGAGAGGAGACAGGAUAACAACUCUGCCACUGUUGUAGUUUAUUUGAAUAUAUUAAAACAUUUGAUUUUUCAGCUCAUUUUGUCAUAAAAACAGCAGAAAAAAAAAUCAAAUAAACUAAAUAUUAAAUCCACAUUUUAAGAAUCCAACAGAUUCAGUCAAAAUUUAAGAAAUAUAUAAAACGAUUUUCAAAUGUUUAGUGACAAAUUUCAAUUUGGAGUCGACAGGAGCAACAUUUAAAAGUGCUGAAUUCUGGGGUCAUAAAGGAGUCCUGGUUCAGUCCUGCUUUAGUCGCAGUUCAGUCCCGGUUCAGUCCUGCUUUAGUCCUGCUUUAGUCCCCCUAGUUUAGUCCUGGUUUAGGCCCCCUGGUUUAGUCCUGGUUUAGUCCCCCUGGUUUAGUCCUUGUUUAGGCCCCCUGGUUUAGUCCCCCUGGUUUAGUCCCCCUGGUUUAGUCCCCCUGGUUUAGUCCCCCUGGUUUAGUCCCCCUGGGUUAGGGCUCCUGUCUGUUCCACAUUAACAUGACGGUGAUAAAAUAUGAAAUAUUUCACAAACAUCGUCUUAAUUUGAAAUUCAGAAAUUCAGUCCUGUGAAAGGACUUUUCAGAAUAAGAGUCUGAGCCUCGGGUGAGUCCAGAGGUGAAAUGCAUGAUGGGAGCUGUAGUUUUUGGAGGUUGUAGUUCUGUAGUUUCCUCUGAACGUUCGGGCGCCUCGUCAAACCUAAAACAGAUUUAGACAGAUGUGAGACAUAGUUUGGGUAAAGUUAUACAUGGGGAUCAAGUUCAACAUUUGUGAAUUUAUUUUGUAUAUUUUAUGGUAAAGUACAAUGUGAUCAACAGGGACAUCUGAGUAUGAGUAUGGCAUCAUCACGUUUUAGACUCUAAAACAGCCAGUCAGAGAGGAGUGUUUCUAAACAGGGCACAGACGUAGAGUCAAAAUGGCUGUUCUAGCUUUAAGUAAAAAAGAUAACAGCAUAAAUAAAUACAUGUUUUAAAAUGUGCAGGAGAACGGAAUCACUUUUGCAUACUUUCACCUGUCUCACCUCACCUGCCGCUCACCUUUCAGUGUUAUGUAUAGACUGUUUAUAUAAAUGGACAUAGCUAACCUGCUAGCCGCCACAUUCCAAAUGGAAAGUGAGCAUGGGCGCACUUCUGGCUCCGCUGACUAAACCAGUGGUGUGGCGGGAAGAGGCAUAACCUUCAACAGCCUCGCUCCAGAUUGGCUCUUUGGUUUUUAUGAUACUCGCGGUCAGAAUUUCUAAUAUGUAACUCAGCUGCAAAUUCUCCCCUUUAACUGCUAGUCUCGCUUCAUUUGAAUGGAGCAGAGCAUUGUGGGUGAUGUCACACUCACUUAGUGCAUUUCUUUAUACAGUUUGUGGUGUUAUGAGAGGCUGCUGUGGUUUGGGUCAAGUGUGGGUUAGUCUCACCUGUCUCACCCGUCUGUGUCUCACCCGUCUGUGUCUCACCCGUCUGUGUCUCACCCGUCUGUGUCUCACCCGUCUGUGUCUCACCCGUCUGUGUCUCACCCGUCUGUGUCUCACCCGUCUGUGUCUCACCUGUCAGUGCUAUAAGAGGCUGCUGCGUCCGUUGAGUCCUUUGGCUCUGAUCUGGUCCUGAACUAAGCCCAUCUGAAACACAUAGAGCAGGUCACAUUUAGACAUCACAGAAGCCGCGUAAAGUCACAGUUUAUGAAUGUGCAUUCUGUUCUGCGUCCUGAUUGGCUAAGACUGUAAACCACCGUCAAUCGAUCUCUUCCGUGCCAUGCCUCCUGUACAGUACAGACCAUGUUCAGCCAAAUUUACAUAAAUGUUCGAUUGACACUACAGCAAAGCGGCACCAGGAUGAAGAGGCACGGUCAGAGGAACUGUGAAAUACAUGUGAGUCACUAUUAAUUAAUUAAACAAGAGAAAAAUGUGAGAAAAUCUUAAUGCCUGUCUGAGAAAAGUGUAUUAAGUGUGUGGUGAGGGGUUUUACAGCCUUAAAACAUGUAUAAUAAUUGUAAAAAAUAAAGCUGACUACUUCAC